UCAAUGGCUCUCCAUAGCUUUGCAGUUGUGGUAGUAGUAGUAGCGCUAGUCUCUUGCCUGCUUGCUCCUCCUGCAGUCGAGGCCUCAUCAAUCAAUAUCUCUACUUACUGGGGCACUGAUGCAAGAGAUGGUGAUCACCUGAAAAAUGCUUGUAACGCCUCCUUGUAUAGUAUCGUCAACAUCGGUUUCGUAGACAGAUUUGGAUAUCACUGGCCUCCAAGACUCAACAUCCACCAAUGUAAUGCAUCAGAAGGUAAGUGCAAGUACCUGGGCCCUGAAAUAGAAGAAUGCCAAAAAAACGGGGUUAAAGUGCUCAUCUCUAUUGGAGGCCCGGGUGGAGACUACAACCUGCCUUCUUCAGGUCGUGCUAAGAUGCUCGCAGAGUACUUGUGGGACGCCUAUCUUGGUGGCAACAAAUCGAGUGUUGAUCGUCCGUUUGGGGAUGCAAUUCUGGAUGGAGUUGACUUCUUCAUUCAGGCAGGCAGUGGCCUGCAUUGGGAUGUGCUUGCUGAGGCCCUUAGAAUCCUCAGCAAUAUUAAUGGAACCCAGAUGGAAUUAAGUGCCACUCCCAAAUGCAAAUACCCAGACAAAUACCUCGACGCUGCAAUUCAAACCGGGCUCUUUGAUUAUGCUCAGGUGCGAUUCUACGAUGAAGUUGACUGCCAGUAUAACGGCAGCUUCGAUCCGAUGAUUACAGCGUGGGAUGAAUGGGCAGUUAAGGCUAAAGUGGAUAAAAUAUUUGCGGGAGUGCCUGCAAAUGAAAGUGAUCCAGGUUACGUUGAUCCAUAUCUUCUGGUCAAUGGGCCGUUCCUACAACAUAUUAUGACCUCCCCAAAGUUUGGAGGUGUGAUGGUGUGGUAUGUCUACACUGACCUUCAGUCCGGUUACAGCAGGAUCAUCAAAAGUUUGAAUUCUCCAAUUCAAACUGCUCCUUCAGGAGUUGAAGUUGAAUAAGCAGAUCUGUAUGAAUGGAGGCUGAUCAUCCCAUGAUCAGUAAGCUUAAGUACGUACUUUGAAAUAGUAUUGUAACGCCUGCUGUUUGCUUUUCAUUCAAUAAAUUUGGCCUCUCAUGCAUAUUUCCUCACAGAGACACAUGUGAUCUGGGGGGUAAAUAUAUAGGUAUGAAGCCAAAACAAGCUUGUACCUAGUGUGAUGUAUCCCUGUUAAUGAAGUUGUGUGGUUUGUGUGAUAAAAUUACCUUUA